AUGGCCGUCACCGCUCCUGUCGACGCCGCCACGAGGAACAAGGUCCUUCGGGUCAUCUCUAUUUCUCUCCUCUUGGACUUGAUCUCCUUCACCUUCAUCCUCCCCCUCUUCCCCAAGCUUCUCGAAUUCUACCGCGACCGCGAAGCACCACCCGUCGCCGGCGCCGAGCCGACCACCUUCCUCCAGCACAUUCUCGGCGCCCUCCACAGAUACAAAUCGGCCUUUGAGCGGCCGAUCGAAGCCCGAUAUGACAUCGUCCUCCUCGGCGGAGCCUUGGGCUCCCUGUUUUCGCUGCUCCAAGCAAUUGCCUCGCCUUUGAUCGGGGCCCUAUCCGACAGCUAUGGCCGGAGAACUGCCCUUCUGGCUUCCAUGUGUGGCAACAUGCUCUCGGUGCUCCUGUGGGUGGCUGCCACCGACUUCCGUACCUUCAUAGCUAGCCGCGUCGUCGGCGGUCUGUCCGAGGGCAACGUCCAGCUGGCCACGGCCAUGGCGACCGACAUCUCGGACGAGUCCUCGCGUGGAUCGACAAUGGCCAUAAUCGGUGCCUGCUUCUCCAUCGCCUUCACAUUUGGGCCGGGGCUCGGCGCCUGGCUGAGCAGCAUCCCUACCGUGGCCGCUAACCCGUUUGCGACGGCUGCCGGGUUCAGUCUAGGCCUCAUCGUCGUCGAGACGGUCUACCUCUACCUUUACCUGCCCGAGACCCUGCCCGCUCUGACGGGCAAGAGCGGCAAGUCCUCAGCCACCGAACGAUCCUCCGCCUCCACCAAGUCUGAGACCAAGCCUGCCGUGGAGAGGACAAACUCACACUUCCUCCUCAACGCAACCCAUUUCGUUUUCCUGCUCUUCUUCUCGGGCAUGGAGUCUUCCCUGUCCUUCAUGACCUACGACCUGUUCGCCUUCGGCUCUUCCCACAACGGUCGUCUCCUCGGCUUCGUUGGUCUGGUGGCUUCCAUCCUCCAGGGUGGCCUGACUAGGCGUCUGCCCCCCCUGGUGUCCGUCCGGGUCGGGGUCCUGUCCUGCCUGGCAGCCUUCAUCCUGCUCGGCCGCGUCUCCACCGUCGGCGGGCUGUACGCCGCAGCCACGUGCUUGGCCAUCACGUCGGCGACGGUCGUCACAGGGCUCAACACGCUGAGCAGCUUCGAGGCCGCCGAGGACGAGCGUGGAGGAAAGCUGGGCAUCCUGCGGAGCUGGGGCCAGCUCGGGCGGGGGCUCGGCCCCAUCCUCUUUACUAGCAUCUACUGGUGGGCGGGGAGGGAGUAUGCUUACACCGUGGGCGCUACGGGCAUGGCCGUCAUCACCGCCGUCGCCAUGGCUGCGCUCAAGACGCCCAGAGGGGGUGAGGCCAGCGCCAAGAAGAAGCAGUGA